UUAUCUGCAAUUUCCUUUGCAAUUCUCCCUCCUCUCCUCCUCCUCCCCCAAUGGCGUCGCUCAACUUCAGCUUCUUCGACAACUGGUUCGCCAGACCCACCAACCCACUCCCUCUCCCGAACCUCGCCGCCGCCGCCCGGCCGCUCUCCGCCGCCUCCCGGGCCGCCCCCAACUUCGCCUCCCUGAGCUCGAGCCUCGGACCCCCGAAACCCGACGGCGAGCCCAAGCCCGACGGCAAGGAGGACGGCAUCUACACCCAGGCGAUGGACCGGUACUUCUGGGAAUGCGAGAACCUGCCCGACUACCGGCACACCCCCGAGGUCGAGAAGAUCCUGAAUGAGGACCCCGUGUUCGAGGCCAAGGAGAACCCGACCGAGCAGGAGGUGCGGGAGAACGAGAAGUGGUGGCAGGAUUUCCGGUCCAGCCCCGUCGUGCAGUUCAUGCAGCGGGCCGAGGAGGUCGCGGAUCAGUUCAACGAGCUGGAGCUCCAGGAGAACGACGAGCCGUACAGAAGCGAGGACAAGAAGCUGUGGCGCGGGGUCCCGCACGUGCCGGGGCUCGACGGCCGCCCGAUGCCGCGGAAGGCGAUCAAGACGAGGGAGGAGAGCGAUGACAAGUUCUGGGAUUUCGCGCGGCAGUUCUUCUUCGGGCUCUGGGGGUUCAGGCAGCGGCCGUACCCGCCCGGGCGGCCCAUCGAUGUCGCGCAGGCUAUCGGGUAUAAGCGGCUCGAGAGGCGGUACUAUGAUUUUAUCAUGAGGAGUGGUGGCUUCUACUAUAAGGAUCGAUUGGGUCGAACUCGGGGACCGAUGGAACUGAUACAACUUAAAACAGCUUGGGGUGCUGGAAUCAUUGACAAGGACACAUUCAUUUGGGGUGAGGACUUGGAUGAAUGGGCUCCGAUUCAUAUGAUUUAUGGACUGGAACCUGCCAUUGCCACAUGGGAAGUAAGACUAGGUGCUGCGGCCACUGCAUUCCUUCACAAACUCCAGAAAGGAAUACCUCCUUGGGUACCUCUCAAAGGGCAAGAGAAGAAAACUUACAAGCAGCUCCAGCAAGAAGCUAUAGAAAGCAGGAGACGCGAUCAAGCGGUGCUCGAAGCUAAUGAUGGUCUUUGGCCUGGACUGAAAAUUCCAAGUCAUUGCCUAUUUCUUUGGGCUAGUGGUUCAGAACUUACAACCAUUUUAGAAGAUGACCACAUGCCGAACAAGUACAUCCCAAAAGAUCUCAGGAUCCAAUUGGCUAAAGUAAUACCUGGUUUAAGGCCUUGGGAAGUUUUAAGCAUUGAACAAGCAAUGGAUCAGAUAACAUAUGGUGGAGAAUGGUACCGUCUACCCCUUGGUACUUACCAUACAGGUCCUCCGUACAUCCAGCUUUGGAACAAGGACGUUAAGCGAAUGUUUAGGAUUUUCUUCAACUUGAGCUCUAGAGUGUAUAACAAACUAGAAAGGACCGUACCUGGUUUUACCCAAAUAAUGGAGAAAGUCCACGCUGACACGGCCGUAAGGGAUGCGAGACGGAAAGAGAAGAGGGAGGCACAAAAGAGGGCCGAGAGGAGGAGGCCAUGUUUGGUAGAGCUCGAAAAAACCCAUAGCAGCCUGUGGUCGUCACCCUGCAGCUCAAAUGAUACAUUAAGAUCUUCUAUUGAUCGAUUCAACCUGUGCAGCAUCGGUUUAGGAGGCAGGUUCUCUUCUUUUCCUAUAUCGUGAUGGCUCACCUUGAGUUUGAAAUUAGUUGCUUGGUAAUGCCAGCAAACCCUUGAAAUGGAAGGUUUGUAGUCUGUAGUUUUGCAUCCAUUUCAAGGGGAAGAGAACAGUAACAAAUUCAGAUCUUCUUUUGUGUUGAGAGGAUUGGCAUAAUGAGUCUUGCACUAAAUGGGCUUCAUGUUGUUCCGAUAUCUAUGGAGGAUUCUGCAGAGUUUGAGCUUGUGAA